CGAUAUGCGCAUGCUCCAAAAUCGAGUUGGUUCAGUGGUGACAGAACGUGCAAGAACCCAGUACCCAACGCUCGUACAAUUAUCAUACAAUAUCAUCAGAAAAUCUUUAAUUCUAUAUUAUAUAGCGAUUUGGCAUUUAUUUGUAUGCGCUUAUUGUGUGUAUAUUAAUUUAAACACGCGUCUUUUGUUAUCUUGUUUCAAAAAGAAUGAGUGGGCUGGAAAUUCUGGGAUUCGUGACGGCGUUGGUGUUGACUUUGAAAAUCGUUUACAACUUGAGCCAUUUUGUGUACACAACUUUCCUGGGACGGCUUCUCGGCCAUGGCCUCGUCAUCAGCAAGUGUGGACCCUGGGCAGUGGUAACGGGGGCAACAGACGGAAUCGGGAAAUCCUAUGCUCGUUUGUUGGCUGCUGAAGGUUUGAAUGUGGUGCUCAUCAGCAGGACGCCGGCAAAACUUGAGAAAGUUGCCAACGAAAUCAAAAGCGAUUUCUCGUCGGUCGACAUCAAGACAAUCGCAGUGGACUUCACAGAUGGAAAUUCGAUAUACUCAAAAAUUGAAGCCGAGCUGAGUCAGCUGGAGGUCGGAAUUUUGGUCAACAACGUGGGCAUGGCUGUUGGCUUCGCCGAACGUUUCGCUGAAAUCGCUGACGAAAAAAGCCUUAAUGAUAUCGUCAAUUGCAACAUCUUGUCCAUGGUCCGAAUGUCCCGAUUAAUUUUACCUCAGAUGAUUGAGCGUAAGCGGGGUGUCAUCGUAAAUAUUGGAUCGAUUUCAGGUGCUUUCUCAACGCCUCUAGCUACAAUUUAUGGUGCAACUAAGGCUUUUGUCGACAAGUUUUCUCGCGACUUGUCGGCUGAAGUGAAAGAUUCAGGCGUAACUGUUCAAACUGUUCAUCCCGGAUUUGUCGUGACUAAUAUGUCUAAAUUGCGGAGGUCUACUUGGACAGCUCCUACUCCAGACACUUUCGCCAAAGCUGCUUUGUCCAACUUGGGCCUGGACGAUCGCACCGCUGGAUUUUGGUUCCAUAAAAUUCAACUUUACUGGGGUGAAAUGGUACGAUUCCUGAUUCCGGGUAUCAUGGCAACUCAUACGAUUAAAUUCAUGGAGUCGUAUCGCCAAAAAAUUCUCAACAGAGCGAAUAAAUCAAAGUAAAAGAGUGACUCAAUUUUCUUCUGAGGAUAAUCAAGUUUCUCGGUCAUAGCUGUCACAAACAAGCAUUCUACUCGUGCAACUCUUAUACAAUAUACAUGCAGUUCGAAAUAAAAAUCUAUUGAGUAGAAUUACAAGAAAUUUGGACUUGUAUUUUAAAAUUUACUUUGUAUUUACUUGGUAUGCCAAAAAUCCUACUGGGUGCUUAUUUACUUAUUUAUUAUUAUUUUAUUUUGUUAAAAAAAACACUCUCUCAAGUAUUUUAACCUCUCUUAAUAUCUUAUCUUUGCUCAAAUAGUUUUUUAUCGUAAUAGAAUUAAGGGUAGCCGGUGGCUUUUCAAUUUUCAAACCGUUGCCCACGUUGCGCAAGCUCAAAACUCAAUUUUGAAUAAACACUAAAAAUAUUUUUUUUUCUAACGCAUCCUAGCGGGCGAAGGGUAUGAGUAAUUUUUUCCGUGGUGGUGUUUUUUUGUUGGAUAUUUUAUUUUCACGAAAAAAAAAAUGAUUUCCGUCUUGGUGAUUUCUGCGAGGUUUUAAUACUCGCUCAAUUGGAUUAUUAUGUAUAAAGCUCACAAAUACAAUUUUAGUUUACAAUUUGUUUCAGGUUUGAUAUUUCAAAAAAUAAAAAAAUUAUUUCGGUUCCUGUUAGAGUUCCACGAUUCCACAUUUCACGUCUACCCGGAAUACCCACACAGAAGACGCACUGACUGCUCUCCACUGGUUCGCUCGCUGUCAGUAGAAAUCGCCACAGAUCAAAACAAUGGAGUAUGUUAUAUGCACCGCUCAAAGCUUUUGGAGUGAUCCAGAAGCCAAGCUCUUGAUGGACAAAUUUCGAGAAUAUAAACACGAAGUUGGUCCAAUGAAGACAUUUAAAAACAAGAAAUCCAUGUGGGAAAAAAUAUCCACUGACAUUCUUUCGGAGCUAGGUUCGCUUAAGACGGGGGCACAAUGUGAAAACAGAUUCAAAACUGUCAGGAAACGAAAAGGAUGGGUUGAUGACCAAGGAGACAAAGCUGAGACCUUGAAUGUGAACGAAGAACCAAGAUGUGUGCUUCAUGUAUAGCCUAUUUGUGCUUUGUUGAUAUAACUGUGGUAAGGCAAUGGUUUUGUGGCAUAGACGAUUUAAACAGAACUUGUAAACCUUAUUGUUUACGUCAACAGUAUUGUGGAUCCUUAGAUGGAUCCUUAGCUAAAUAAUAAAUUUAACAUGGUUUUGUCUGAUAUUUUUAUCAUUGCAGAGACAGUUCCUCGAAGAA